AUGGUGAUUAAAGAGGGACAAUCCCGAGAGGACCACUUUCGGUGGAACGCAUUGGAGGAUGUCCUGGCAUACGCACCUAUUCUAGGCGGAGGUGAAUUACUCCAAAAGGCUGCAGAGCACGUUCUGGCUCAUGUGCCCGAUCUGGAGGCUCUCGGGAGUCGGAGCUCAGUGCUCGAGGGUGUCUUCGGCCGGAGCGGGCUACCCUUUUUCCGGAGUGCUCUGCUGCGUGUAUCACCAGCCUUUUGGGAGCUUCGCGAAACGGGAUUCCAGCGGGAGCAGCACGACAGGGUGCGCAACGCACCCUAUCUCAGCAGGCUUAAAGACGAAAUGUCCGUCGUAGAACAGCUCCGGAAUCAUCUCCUACAUGCCGACCCGGCCUUGACGGGGCCGAUGUGGAUACAGCUGUUGCUCGAAUUUUGGACCUUUUCUCUUAUUUUCGCUGUGGGAAUGUCCAGCAACGAAGUACAGCUCUGGCUGGCGGGUAAAUCCAAGGCGCUUCCAAACACUCGUCCAGAAGUCCUCCUAGACCAACACUUCGGCGUGGGCAAUGCAGGCGGUUUGCACCUGCAUGAGCUGGAACUGCUGCUCCGGGUUAUGAGUGAUCUAGAGCUAGAGAUCUGGAAACUUCUGGGCACAUAUUCAUUGGAUAGUGCCUUUUCUGGAAUAGAUGACAAAUGGGUUACAUCCAUCCUCUCCUUCGGAAUACCGACUAUACAAGAUAUGUUGACAUCAAGCAACCCGUGGAAUAAGGCUCCUCGGCGGCACCAUACCAUUCAGGAACCACUGUGGCCUGGUGUUCUGCGGGGGCCUGCCGGAAUCGUAUAA